CAGUCAACAUGAAGGCUCUCCUCACCCUGGGGUUCCUCUUGCUUUCUGUCACUGUCCAAGCCAAGAUCUACAACCAGUGUGAGUUCGCCAGAACUCUGAAAAAACAUGGAAUGGAUGGCUACAGGGGAAUCAGCCUGGCAAACUGGGUGUGUUUGGCUCAGCAUGAGAGUAGCUUUAACACACGAGCUACAAACUACAACCCUGGAUCCAAAAGCACCGACUACGGGAUAUUUCAGAUCAAUAGCAAAUACUGGUGUAAUGAUGGCAAAACCCCAGGAGCAGUGAAUGCCUGUGGGAUACCCUGCAGUGCCUUGCUCCAGGAUGACAUCACUCAAGCCAUACAAUGUGCAAAGAGGGUUGUGAGGGACCCACAAGGCAUUAGAGCAUGGGUGGCAUGGAAAUCCCACUGUCAAAACCGAGAUCUCACCCAGUAUCUUCGGAACUGCGGAGUCUAAUGCUGUUUGCUUCCCCUUCAGCUCAUUCUGUGUCUGUAUCGCUAUAGGAGUAGUUACAGGAAAGCUCACACUUCCCUGGAUUCCCCUUCAGACAAGCAGGCCUUAAACAGAAACAGAAGCACAAUGGAACUGUUUCCUGAGAGGCUUCAUGCUGACCAAUGUCUUCAUGCUGGGGACAGUGGUUAGCACUUAGGCCAUCGCACACAUCUCUAUACAUCAGUUCUUCACCUAUGAAGUAAGUCACAUUAAAUUCCAUCAGAAUUAAUCUGCAUCUUCCCCAUGGUGGAUAGACAUACAACAAAUGCUUACAGGACUCUGAGUAGAUCUUGGGUAAAAUGGCAGCUGUGUGAGCUCCCAGGCCUUGUGUGUGGGCUCAACACCCAGAAAGUUAG